AUGGAAGGCCUAUGGGAAAAGCAGCCUUGCUCGACGGCCGAUCGCCACAUCGUGGAGUCAGACAGCGCGGAUGAUUCUAACAAGGCAGCUGGAUUGGCUUCCAAUACCGGUGCCUUUAAGGCCCAGUUAGCUAUGGCCAGCCAUGCUUCCAAUCUACUCACCUGUCACGAUGCAACCCCUCUCUCGCCUGCAGGAAGGCAGAAUCCCAUGGGUGGGCCAUUCCCCAAACCGCCCGGCCAAGGAGUGCCAGGUUCGUGGACACUAGAGGAGGAUGCGGCGAUCAUCGCACUGCACGACCGGGGGGAGAAAUGGGAGGACAUAGGCCGACAUCUCCAGGGACGCUCCGGCACUGCAUGUCAUUUCCGCUAUGUGUUCCUCCGGCACCGGCCCGAAUGGAAUGAAGAGUGGAAGGACCAAGUCGCAGUUUGGUAUCAGCGGUAA